CCAGCUCCGCCCCUCUCUCCCCAGGGUUCUCGCUGGGCUCCACCAUCCAGUCGCACACCAAGGGCAUCUGGAUGUGGUGCCUGCCCCACCCCCGCCAGGCCGGCCACACCCUGGUGCUGCUGGACACCGAGGGGCUGGGUGACGUGGAGAAGGGCAACACGAAGAACGACAUGUGGAUCUUCGCGCUGGCCGUGCUUCUCAGCAGCACCCUGGUCUAUAACAGCAAAGGGACCAUCGACCAGCAGGCCAUGGAGCAGCUGCACUACGUGACGGAGCUGACAGAGCUCAUCAAGGUGAAGCCGGUGGCUGAGGGCGACCGUGAGGGCAUGAAGGUGAAGCCGGCAGGUGAGGGCGGCCGAGUGGGCGUGAAGGUGAAGGCGGAAUGUGGAGGUGGCCGGCAGGAGCGGGAGGAUUCGGCCGAGUUCGUGCGGUUCUUCCCGGCCUUCGUGUGGGCUGUGCGGGAUUUCGCGCUGCAGCUGCUGCAGGAUGGGCAGGAGAUCACCGAGGACGAGUACCUGGAGAACGCCCUGAAACUAAAGCCAGGCAGCAGCGAGGAAGACCAGCACUACAACUUGCCCCGAAAGUGCAUCCGCCAGUUCUUCCCGGCCCGGAAAUGCUUCGGCUUCGUCCCGCCGGCUGGUUGGCAGCACCUGGCCCGGCUGGAGGAGCUGCGGGAGGAUGAGCUGGAGCCCAAGUUCCAGGAGCAGGUGGCCCAGUUCUGCCGCCACGUCUGGGAGACGUCAAAGCCCAAGACCCUCCUGGGCGGCCACGUGGUGACCGGGGCCAUGCUGGGGAACCUGGCGGUGACCUACGUGGACGCCAUCCGCAGCGGGGCGGUGCCCUGCAUGGAGAGCGCGGUGCUGGCCCUGGCGCAGAUCGAGAACUCGGCGGCGGUGGGGGAAGCCGUGGCUGUCUACGAGGAGCAGCUGGAGUGGCGGGCGGCGCUGCCCACGGAGACGGUGCAGGAGCUGCUGGACCUGCACGUCCAGUGUGAGCAGGAGGCGCUGCGGGCGUUCAUGGCGCGCGCCUUCAAGGAUGACGACCGCCGCUUCCAAGGGGAGCUCAUGCGCCGCCUGGAGAAGCAGAAACAGGAGCUCUGCCAGCGCAAUGAGGUGGCGUCCUCGGACCGCUGCAGGGCCGCCCUGCUGGAGCUGUCGCAGGAGCUGGAUGACCGGAUCGGCGAGGGGGUCUACUCAGUGCCCGGGGGCUACCAGCGCUUCCUGGACGACCGGCAGCGCAUGGUGGACAGAUACCGGCAGGUGCCGGGGAAGGGGGCAAAGGCCGAGGAGGUGCUGCAGGAGUUCCUCCAGUCCAAGGAGGCUGUGGCCCAGUCCAUCCUGCAGACGGACAAGGCCCUGACGGAGAAGGAGAAGGAGAUGGCAGCCGAGCGAGCCCGGGCCGAGGCGGCCGAGCAGGAGCAGCAGGUCCUGAAGCAGAAGGAGGCUGAGUUGCAGCAGAAGCUGGAGGUCCAGGACCGCAGCUACGAGGAGAACCUGCGGCAGCUGGAGACGAAGCUGGAGGACGACAGGAAGAAGCUGCUGGAGGAGCAGGGCAAGAUGGUGGAUCAGAAACUCAUGGAGCAGAAGGCCCUGCUGAAGAAGGGGUUCCAGAAGGAGGCCAGACGCCUGGGGAACCAGAUCCAGUGCCUGCAGCAGCAGAUUGAGGAGAUCCAGAAGCAGUCAUGGGUACAAUCGGCGCUGGGGGUGCUGGGCCAUGUGGCCACCCUCGUGCUACCUGGCAUCGUUGGCAAGGCUUCCAAGUUCAUCACCAGCCAUGUCUCGCACUAGUUCUGAUGGGGCCUCCGGCCUCCCACUCACCUUCAUACCCCAGCAUGUAGAACCAAUGUGAAUGAAAUUGUUUUUAAGUUAUCCACUGUACCAUUGUAACUUCUGUUACUACAUUGUAACUUUCAUUACACUCGCCUUUUUGCUACAUUGUAACUUUCAUUACACUCGCCAUUUUGCCUACAUUGUAACUUCUGUUACUACAUUGUAACUUUCAUUACACUUGCCAUUUUGCUACAUUGUAACUUCUGUGCCAUAUUGUAAUUCAAACCCCAUUUUAAAACGCUUACUCCAUUUUGUAAGGGCUUGCUGCAACCUUCAUUUUUGCAACCCCUGCUGUAAUUGUAUUAGUCUAGUUGAGGUGUGUGAAUGAGGGAUGUAUGGGUGAUAGAAUCAACCUCCAGCACCAGCCCGUCCUGAUGAGAUAAAGUUCAAAUACCAACGGCUGAAGAACUAGACAACAGCCCUAACUCAAGCAAGAAGCAUCCACCUUAAAAAGAAACAACAGAAGGAAGAUCAAAGCCAGGUCCCAGGCUGACAGUCACGCCUGCAAUUGACGGGUGAUCAAGUCAAACCAUGAGGCGGCGUGACACAGCGAAACCUAGGGACUUUGAAUCCAAAAACUACUAUAAAAAAGGAAGGGUGAGAUGAGAGACUUUGGGUAACGUUCUGCUAUCAACAUCAAGGAGCAUCGGUGCGCGCCCGACAGAGACCCGGCUCCCCCUCGUGCUCAGCUCUCCUGGCCAGUUACCGCCACGAGCUCCGAUCCCAAGCUGCGAACUCAAACUACACUCAGGACUGGUAACUAUCCAGCAGCUGCAGAACAUUUUGGUGUGUGUGUGUGUGUGUGUGACUGUAUGUGUAUAAGCAUUGAGGUAUUUGCUAAUAGUUACAGAUUAAUAAUAAAUGUGGCAUCUUUGCCUUGACCCCUAAAACGAUCCUGUAUAAGUUUGUGGGACAACAUUAUUGGUGGAGAAUGAGAAAGGGGGAGCAAGCAUAGAAUCCACAGUUAUUAUAAAACUGGUGUGCACACCGCCAGCUUUAGCAAGCCUGGCACUAUAGGAAGAAGAGCGUAAACUUUCAGUUAAUUAACCAAACUCUGAAGUAUAUAGGAGUUUAGGUUUAAAUUGGGUUCAUGACUGAGCUAAAGAGGAGAACUUAGUGUUUCUCACUGUGAUCCGGGGAAGGAUUAACCAAACUCUGAAGGAUAUAGGAGUUUAGGUUUAAAUUGUGUUGUAGAGGUACAUACACCCUCAGCCGUAGCAAGGCGGAGCUAAAGAGGAGAACUUAGUGUUUCUCACUCUGAUCCGGGGAAGGAUUUGUAUAAUUGGUGUAUGAACCCUCGGUGGUAGCAGACAGAGUAAUACAGAGGGAGACUUGGUGUCUCUUCCUCUGGCCCAGAAAGGGUUAAGUUGUUCCUUCAGGAGUUAAAAAGGGAAAAUUGCUAUUUGUAAGUCACUCCUUUAGGAAUUGGAGGUUAUCGUAUUCUGAUAUUUAUCAGCUCGGUUUCCUGUGUUGUACUUGGCUAUGGCACACUUGUUAGGGAAAAUGUUUAGGAAGACACAGUCUAAAGACAUCUUUAGAGAAAAACAGGGAACGCUGUCUUUUGUCCAAGAGCCCACACCCUUUAAACAAGUACUACAGAGGUUUGGACACAGCCCGUGGACUGAAGGGGGGCUGGGAGAUGUGUGUUCUAUUUCAGAUUUGGAGGAUAGGCUGGCAAGGUAUAUAAUCCUGUACAAGCCUACUCCAACUAAAAGGGAUUCAGCAGCAAUCUGGCUUUUGUGGGACGCAUGCAGGGACUUCUACUCCCGCUUGACAUCCUGCCGAGGGGAGACUGCCUCCCUGCUUGAAAAACUCACUCCUAUGGAGAAAGAGGCAGAAAGAUGGAAAGUGAUAGCGACAGGGGUGCAAAGCCAGUUAGACCCUCUCCGGGAGGCAAUCAGGGAGGGCAAACAAAGAGAAAAGAAGUUAGAGGAACAGGUCGGGGAAAAGGAAAAAAUAGAAAAAGAAAAUCAAAUAUUGCAAGGCAUGGUAAAGAGGUUAACCAUAGAACGAAGUAAAGCUCUCCCCGCUAAUCACAGCCGAUGCGAGUCCCUUAUCCAGCACCUUAAACAAAGGCUGGGAUUCGCAAACCGCCAGAUAGCAGUGGUAAGGGCAGGAGAGUGGGACUUUGAUCCCCAGAGUGACGUCCCUGACUGGGAAGAUGCCCCGAGGGAAUCUAGCGAGGGCUGGGAAAGAGAGCUAUGGAGCAGCAAUCCUGAGCCCCAGGGGCCGGUUGCACCAUUAACAGAAUUACUGUAACAAGAACAGACACAGACACAGGGACUAGCACAGCUACUACAACCGUCCCCGUAUCAGCAGCUGAUCUCCAAGCAAUGGCAAAAAUGCUUGGACCCCUUAACCGGGAAAAUUUUUCAAAAUGGACUCUGCGUGCGCUGCAAUUGGCAGGCAGAGAAGAUUUAACAGUCCCUGAGCUUAAACGCCUCA